GCUCAGCUGCUUCAAAGGGGCAAGUGUGGUCGAGGGCUGGACGAGUGUGUUUAUACAUGAGUGAGAACAGAAAGCAACAGCGAAACAAGAGUGUGUGUGUCGCACACACAAGACCUGAAAUUUACAACUCAGCAAAAAAUGAAGGAAAAGCUGCUGACCAACACAUUAUAAUGAUACUUUGUGUUGUGGAUUUAAAAGCAUCAGGAGUAUGAUACCAGUGGACUGAAGCAGAGGACAAAGCCUGGAGAUCAUGGGAGUCGUGGGCACUAACCAAUCAGAGCACACCAACUUCACUUUGGGCCCUGAUCCGCCAGCUAAACCACCAGAGUACAGUGAUGCAGAACUCGUGCUGCUCGGUGUUGCAAUGGCCAUUCUGGUUUUGGCGAUAGUUUUUGGUAAUGUGAUGGUGAUCACAGCCAUCCUGCGGUUCCAGCGGCUCCAGACCGUCACCAACCUCUUCAUUGCCUCUUUGGCUGUAGCUGACCUCAUCAUGGGCGUGGCUGUGGUCCCCUUCGGCUCCUCUCACAUUCUGCUGGGGGUUUGGAAGUUUGGAAACUUCAUGUGUGACUUCUGGACAGCUACUGACGUCCUGUGCGUGACAGCCAGUAUAGAAACGCUGUGUGUGAUUGCUCUGGACCGCUACCUUGCCAUCACGUCGCCACUCCGCUACCCAACACUGCUCACCAGGGGUCGGGCCUUUGCAGUGGUGCUCGGGGUUUGGGUUGUGGCCUCCCUCAUCUCCUUCCUGCCCAUCCAUCUGAAGGUGUGGGUGGCACAAGAUGAAAAAGCUAAACGGUGCUUGGAUGAGGAGGACUGCUGUGAAUUCAACACCAAUGCGGCGUACGCUGUGUCGUCGUCAAUCGUGUCGUUCUACCUGCCGCUGGUGGUGAUGAUCUUCUUGUACUCCCGCGUAUUCCAGGAGGCUCAGAAGCAGCUGGAGAAGAUCAGAGGGAGGGAGAGGCAUUUUUAUAACUUGCAUUACUCUGCACAGCUGGCUUAUCCUGAUGAUAGCCCUGCAAUGAAUAAACUCCGGGCAGGAAACGAGGUGGGAGAGGUAGAAGGAGAGGACAGACUAAACAUGCAGACACCAGACGUUGGUACAGAAGGAAAGGAGGGAGAGAUCAGAGCGCGGACAGAAAAAGGAGAAGGAAAACACUCCGCCACAAAGCGUCUUAAGUUCUGUCUAAAGGAGCACAAGGCUGUAAAAACUCUGGGGAUCAUCAUGGGAACUUUCACACUGUGUUGGCUGCCAUUUUUCAUCCUCAACAUCCUCAUAACAUUUCUCAACUUGGGUGACAUAAAGGUACCCUUCAGAGUCCUAAACUGGCUGGGAUAUUCCAACUCGGCCUUCAAUCCACUCAUCUACUGCCGUAGUCCAGAUUUCAGACACGCCUUCCAGGAGAUACUGUGUCUGAGGGGCAAAGGAGGAAACUGGGGCAGGAGGAGGGGAUGGGGAUGGUGCAGAGAGAAAGACCGCUACGUAAAGCCUCCACGUAGGCCGAACGGUAACUCGGACUUGAAUGGCAUCAGGGGGCUGGACGUUGAGCGGAAGUCAGGGUGGAAGGGGAGUCUCGAUAGCUCUAUUCAGGACAGCUCACUAACUUUGGCUCCUCCAGCUUCUUGCUGUGACCAAGUUUUAGACGUUGCUCCAGGAUCCCUGACCAACUGGCAGGCAAGUAGUUCCGCUCACUGGAGCUGUAAGGAAAAUCUGGCAUCGAUAGCCUGAUAGACCUGUUAGACUUUACGUUUUGUGUGCAGUAAAAACCAAUUUGUUGAAGCUCAUUAUGUUGGUGUUUGGUUUAAACACCAUUCUGUCAGUGUUGCUGUGUUUUUACUUGUGAUCACUGCUCCUCUUUGAUGCUAGAUUUUCUUCAGGUUUCCUAAUAAGAGUUUAAAUCACAAAGGCAGCUACACAAGUAAAACAUAUUGAGCAGUGUCAGCUUCACAAGAAGUCUGACUUACAUUUUAAAAAGGAUUUCCGAGGCACCACAUUCUAGCUUAUUUAGCUCCAAAAAAAUAUGGUUAAUGCAUGAUUAGCUGGUGCAUUAAUCACAAACACAGCAAAAGUGACACCAAACAUUAUCAGCUUCACCAAAGUGGUAUCACUGCAGGGAAAGAAGCAGCAAAUCAUUGAAAAGGUUUUAAUGAUCGCUGGAUAUGAAACCAUUGAGAGUAAUAAAAAUAUCAUGCAUGCUCAUUCAUUCCAAAGCGCUCUUUUAUUGAAAGCAGGCAGGUAUUAAAAUUAUGAAAUUGCCGGUUUUUUAAGAAUGUAGACAUUUGAGCUGCUGGCAGGAAGGUUGCUGGUUCAAUUUCAAGUCAGACCGGGGAAGGUUUAAGUGCCAUUACUCACACAUAAUGUAUUGUACUAUUAGAAUGUAUUGCUCAAUGUGUUUUGUCCUGUAGGUGUCACAGCAGGUGUAAACAUUUAGCUGUUUUUUUUUUGCUAUUUUACAGUUUAAGCGGUAGUUAUUGAAACCAUUCUGUGUUCUAAUCAUUGAAUAUUCAUAACAGACUCUGAGAAGUUUGGAUGACUAAGAUUCAUGUCAAGAGAGAUUCUUCUGCAUUUUAAAGUCCCUGAAAACUUGUCUUUUCUCAUAAUUGAGCAGAGAGAGGAAAUGCAAAUGCAAAAAGGUCCUGUGGAAUAAUUAACAACGCUCCAAAUUAACAGAACGUUGAGUGUUCCAGUGGGUUGCCAUCACUCAUAAUAUGAAGGGAGAAAACAGCUUUCAGGGCCUUUAAGGUGAAUCUUAACAAGCAUUUGGAUGAAAUCUUUCUGAAAACACAAUGACUACCUAUGGCUAAACUGCCCCAUUAAUGGAGCCUGUUAAGCCAAACACACACUGGUUUCUCUCUAAACCCACAAGGCAGGAAGCACAAGCAAGAAUUUAGCACCUCAUUUGCACUUCUAAUAACUUUUCCAUCAGCCACAAACGCACAAACCACACAUCCAGACAAAAACCUCCAUGAGGCAGAGAUAAGAAGCAACAUUUGAUUUGCCCUGUGGCUGAAAGUCUUAUUCAAAACAGGGGGUCUCAUUUGAGGCUCACUUAUUGUAACAGAAGAUCAUUAAAAACAGCUUGACUUGUUUUUCAUUCCUUACUGAUAAACCUCUUAACUGGUCCAAAAUCAUUUACUGCUGUGUAUUUGUGUGAGAUAAACAUCUGCGACCCAUCCUUGUGAGAAUCAUAAGUGCUAUCUCCCUGUGUUCGCUUUCUUUCAUCACAUGCUCGCUGGGACUAUUUUGUGUCUUUCCACGAACGUCACUCAUGUACCCACGCUUCCCUUUAAUCCUGCCUGCCUAGCUCUGUUAUAGUACGAACACUGCAGUCUGUCAGACGGAACUGGAGAGAUCAGUUUCAGGGAGUGUGGUCUGUUUCCAUAUCGCUGUCUGUUACACUCAUUGUAAAAACAUUGCAAUCAGAUUACUCAUAGUUGAAGUGCUUGCGUUAUAUUUUGCACUGAACAGAGACGUUUUUACAGUGUUUGGAUUAGUUUUUCCUUUCAUCUUUUUCCAAAAUUCAAAGUGAUUAUGAUAAAGUAGUCACAUAUAGUAAAGGCUACCUAGAAUCAGUUGGCUAAAAUAGUCCCUAGUUAUGUUUUUAUGUAUAUAGCUCAUUUUUGGAAAAGGUAUUGAGGGUCAACAGCUGUAUAUAAUCUGUACAUAUGUCUGUUUGAAUAUACUUAUAUGUGUUUUAUGUACAUGUGAUUAUUGCGGUUAUUAACUGAUUGUGCAGUUUAAAGCUCGAAAUGUGUCACUGAAUCUCUCGUUUACUGUUAUGUGUGUUCGACUUGGAUCGUUGUAGUUUUGUAAAUGUAACUUAACAAAUGGGUGAUGUUUACUACAGAGCAGCGGUUCAAAUUCAGAAAGAUGUCAUGAAUAAAAUAAGUCAACUGACAUAUAUGACAACCAAGUCGUACACCAAAAUGAGUAGUUACAUUAGUCCACAGCAAAAAAAGAAAAAAAAUGUUAGUUUCAUAAUAAAGGCAGUAAAGUUGUGAGGUGCCUGUUCUUUUCCUUUAGCCUGCAUCAAAUGAUUUUCAAGGUUUUAGUUUGUUUUUUUGCUUUUUUUCUUGCUUUGCACAUAAAAAGUGCAAACAAGUCCUCAUAAAGAGGCUGUAGAAGUGCUGGUGAAUGGAAUUUCGUACAUAAUUUUUAUCCAGAAGACUAGAGUCAAGUCCCAUAAUGUAAUCUUCUAUUUAGUUUUGUUGUUACACUUUGUUGUAUUUUCAGUCAUUGGUUUGCCUUCAUUUUCAGUCGCUGUUUUCAGAUCCCAUUUUAAUUGAUUUCAGUCAGUGUUUUCGGCUGUUUAAAGUCAUUUUCAGUCGCUGUUUGCUUUCAUUUCCAGCAUCUGUUUUGUGCUCCUCUUUUAAGUUGUUUCCAGGCACAGUUUACUUUCAUUUUUAGUCACUGUUGCCGUUUUACUUUCACCUUUGAUCACUGUUUUCUGUUGCUCUUUGUAGUUGUUUUCAGUCACUUUGUUUAUUUGCUAAAUACUAAAAUACUUCAGGCAUCCAAACUGCUAGGUUACUUUCAGGAAAAGAUCACUGAAUGUGUUAAAAAUGCACCCAUGAAAAUGUUAACCAUAAAAUUCCGGUUGUUCUUUAGGUUGCUGGGGUGACAAAUCCAGCCACAAGAAUAGUCCUUAAAAAACAUGAGCAUCUCACAAUUUUACUUAUUUUUUUUUAUGCUGUGGUGUAAAAAAAAUUUAAAUUACACAUUUUGAUGUGAGACUGGGUUGUUCUUAGUGGCACCGGCUGCCUUAUCCCAUGUCAUAAAUCAAAAAAGGUUAGAUUUUAUAUCACAUCCAUUUAUACAUGCGGAUAUUAGAUUAGAAUAUAAGCUUCACUGAAGCACAAGUCAAAAAAAGGAACAAUCAGUAAUUUUAUAUUGUAUUUGUGCAUCUUGAGACUUGAUAUACAUGUAAAAAGCUGAAACUUGCUUUGUUGAAACUGAAAGUUAUUUUUAGGUUUUAACCAGAGGAGAGGAUUCUAUUUUCUACCUCCAUCAGACUCACAUGAAUGUCAUCUCAUAGCUGUAAAUAUUUAUUCAUAAGCCAUUUUAUAUUUUGUGAGCAAAAGAAUGAAGUUUAAGACUGCACUCCUUACAGUUGUCGCUUAGUUAUAAGUGUGAGUGUGUGUGUGUGUGUGUGUGUGUGUGUGUGUGUGUGUGUGUGUGUGUGUGUGUGUGUGUGUGUGUGUGUGUGUGUGUGUGUGUGAUUGUCAGAAAGUUGAGAAAGAGAGGACAGAGAAGAAUAAGAUUAAAAUUAGAAUAAUGCUUUCUUUACAGCUGGAUUUCUAACAACCUAGACAAAUCUGAAGUUUGUUAGUUCUUCAGUUUCCAUGUUGCCAGUAAAGCCAAAUGUUUUGAUGUUAAUUGAAAAUUUUCUUGGGACAAAAACAGUGCAGACACAGUUUCUUAAGGUGAAUCCUACUCCAGUUUUUCCUGUGUGAGUGUUAAUUAUUCAAUGCCAAAGUUUUCAUCUUAGCAUUGGCUCUCACUUAAUGGAAACACAGAUUUUCCAAAAUAACUGUGACAUGCUGUUGACUAAGAAAAGCUACAAAGAUAACUAUAGUUUCUCAGAAGAAAUAGAAUUUCCCAUAACUCUGGGAAAAGUUGAAUAAACUUUUCCUCAAAAGCCUCUUUGUCAACAAAUAAAAUGACAUAAGGAAAUGCGAUUCUCACUGCACAUCACCUUUAACCUUUUCAACUAAGCCCGUGGGACAGAGGCGUUUUGUGCUUAUUCAGUCAUCCAGGUUAUUCAUGAAGACUCAGCUUGCACGUGUGCAUUCAGGUUAAAGUGUACGCGUGGUGUGUGUGUGUGUAUGUGUGUGUGCGUGUUGGGAAUGACAUACAGUGGCAGGUGCAGUCAGUCACAGCAGCUACAGUAUCAGCUGCUGCAGAGGAAAUACAAUCGUCUAUACUGCCUCGAUACACACUCAUACACACAGCUUUACACUUAGACAUGAAAACACGCUCUGUGUGUGUGUGUGUGUGUGUGUGUGUGUGUGUGUGUGUGUGUGUGUGUGUGUGUGUGUGUGUGUGUGUGUGUGUGUGCGCGUGUGUGCGUGGCGGGGUGUAUGUCUGUGAAGUGCGACAUGUUUCCAUGGAACAAGUUUCCAAUUUAGGUAUGUUAAGGUUAAUGUUCAACAUGCAUGCCUUUAUGUUGCAUGUCCUAUAUGUUAACUGUUACUGUUAUUGCCAUGUUUACUGUGUUGAUUCUGUUUUAGUGUUUGUCUUUAGUGACGUAAAAUGUGGAAUGUGCUCUUUGGAAGUAUUGUGUCUUUUGUUACCUUCACACAAAGCAGUUUUACAGAAAUGUAUUGGUUCUAAGUUUCAUGCCUGCGGUCAACGUGUGCACUUUUACAUCACUGGAAUAAGAUGAGAACAAGUCCAUGAAUAAAAAACAAAUAAUCCGGUGUUAAAUUACUCUUUCAAUUCCAUCAGAAUGUUAUAGCAAACACAGAAAGCUACUCAGUUUUCAUUUUCAGAGUGGAUCAUUUGGAAAAAUUAAUGUGUUAAAUGGUUUAUUAUUAAGACUGAACAGUUAACUUUCUGUCUAAACCAUGAAAAUGAAGCUGAAAGUUUGAAUAAAUGGAUGUUUUCUA